CAUAUCUUAUAUAACAUAUCUUUAAGCAUCACUGAAAAUUCAUUGGUAGAAGUGAAACAAAAGAGGCAGAAUUGCCAUAGCUUUCCAAAAAAAGUAAAAAUUGGCACUAAGAUUGCAACAAUAAGCUUUUGACCCUGAAACAUUUUACUGGUAGGUCAUUCUAGAUAUAAGAUAUAAAUACAAAGUAUGGGCAGGAUCAGAAAUUGGUAAAUUUACCCAAACACAAUCAUUUUGUCUAAAAUUCCGAAUGUCCUCUGAAUGUUAUUUUUUGGAGUAAACUUGCACUAACACAAAAAUUAAUACACACAGAAUACGCUCAUAUUGCUAUUGCAUAAAAAUUAAUACACGUAAAAUAGAUUUUUCUCUAUCACAUGAAAAUUAGUAUGAAUAGAGGUAAGCCGGCCAGUGUCAUUUGAAAGAAAUAAUUGCACAACUAAAAACAAUCACCACUGCUGCUUUUGCCUAGUUGAACUAUUGAAAAUCUCUGUGUAAGUGAAUAGCUUAUUUAAUGAAUAUAAUUGUCAAUUGUCAAUAAUAAUAUUUGUGUGCUAAUUCAAUGGAAAUCCUAAAAGGACCUUAAUACCCCCUUCACUUGCUAGCUGUAAAUAUCAAUGAAUGUUCAGGCAGGUGUUUUGUUCUCCCAGAAAUAAAAUGACUCCAAUUUAACACAAAGAAAAACAUCUGUAUGUGCUUUUUUGUUUCAGCUUUUAAAUAUAUACUGUGCCAUGUUAAAUAAAUCAGAUGCUGCAUUUAAAAUGGUCACUGCCUUUGUUAAAUUUUUCUCCAAUGGUUGGGGUAAUCCUGAAAUAAUACAGCAACUUUCAGAAUGGCAGAAAAUCGUGCUUGACAAGAGGAAAAUGUUACAGGAUGUUUACAAAGUGUUGGAGAAAACAGAAAUAAAAAUAACUGCUGCUAAACAAAUAAACUCAUCCCUAACUGUAUAUAAAGGUGAAUUCAUUUCACCAUUGACAAAGUUUAUACCAAAAGCACUGCCGCCAGAAAGUGAAAAAGCUUAUUUUGAAUUAGUUUUACCAAACAAGUGGAAAAACAAGAAACCCAUUUGUCUGCAUUUAGCUGGCACUGGUGAUCAUUUUUUUUGGCGAAGGAGACAUUUUAUGGCCACCCCGUUGGCAAAACAAUAUUCAAUGGGGUCGAUUAUCUUAGAAAAUCCAUUUUAUGGGUGUCGAAAACCAAAAGACCAAGUCCGCUCUGCAGUUAACCAUGUUUCAGACAUUUUUGUUAUGGGUGCUGCAUUGCUGUUUGAGACAGUUACUUUGAUGUUGUGGUGUCAGAGAAAUGGUUAUGGUCCAUUGGGGAUCACUGGGAUAUCAAUGGGUGGACACAUGGCGACUGUAUCUGCUUCAGGAUGGUUUGAGCCAAUGGCUAUUGUACCCUGCUUAUCUUGGUCAUCUGCUGGUCCUGCAUUUACAGAUGGUGUUCUCAGCCAGUCCGUUAACUGGCAAGUACUGGACGAACAAUUCGAACGUGAGCCUAUUUACAGCAAACUUUUAAGACAAGAUGAAGAAUUCGAAAGACUUUUAAAGACACAUUAUGUCUGUCCAAAUUCUUCUGAAGGCUUAAAUCAACCUAUACAGCAGAGUAAUGACACCACAAAAAACGAAAGUGAUCAUUCCAAAGCUUCUUUCUUGUACUCAAAAUUUUCGUCGAUUCUCCCGGAUUUACAAAUAAGUUCGUAUAUUGAUUUUCGUGGCAAGAAAAUCGGACCUAUAGCUUUAGAAAUUGACUUAUGGAAAUAUUUAGAAACAAUCCCAAAAAGCCUUUACAACUCCACCAACAAUCGAUUGAAUUUGGAUUAUAUACGUGAAUUCGCGUUAUCGACUAACUUUGUUUCUGCAUCACCCUCUAAAGAAACUGUAGCAUACAUGACUGCCAUUAUGGAUCAAGCUACUCACUUAUCUCAUUUCAACCAGCCUCACAAAGACUCGCCUAUUACGUACGUUGUUGCUGAACAUGACCGCUACAUACCAAGAGAGUUUUAUAAUGUAACACCACAAGACAUCUACCCACAGGCCGAGGUUCGAACAAUAAAUACUGGUCACGUCCUGGCUGUUUUGAAAUAUCAGCAAGAUUUUCGAGACGCUAUAAAAGAUUGUUAUGAAAAACUUGGAUGCGAUUUCAGUUAGCGGUAUUUUAUGGUGUUUGUUCAAAUUUUUUUUGUAGUCAUGGUAACAAUUUUUGCACUCAGAAGCUUUAAAUUGCAAAGAAAAUGUGAUUCACUAAAAAUAAAGUUUUUGAUAAAAUAAAAAAAUGAAUCAGAUAAACACGAAGGUGUGCGAUCUUGUACUUUAAUUAGUUUUUUAAUUUUUGUUUGUUUGUUUGUUUUUAUUGUUGUUGUUUUGUAACACAAUGAUAAAUUUCUAGUUCAAUCACAGCUCUACUAAUGGUUAAAUUCAUCUACCCCCUUCUCUAUCCACAUAGCUUUUUGGGGUUGUACGCUGAUCUUGUUUUGUACGUGGCGAGAGAGCUUGCUAAUACUGCCUAUGUAAGUCGUGACAGUUAAUUUUUUCAUUUUUCUGCACAAUUUAUAUCGUCUCCUGCCCUUGCUUUUGUGAUUGUCUUUAGGUAUAUCUAACAAUAUUUGGAAGUUGUUCAACUUGACUAGGAGAUCGUUCUGGUGACAAAAACUACAACUCCUUAGCAUUUUUACAGAAUCUUAUUUUUAACAUGUCUCCAUAAAUUUACCAAUGUGUGGUGUAUACUGGUUAUUACCAUAAUCGCAAGGUUGCCACACCACCUAAUAAUCCUAAAACAUACUAAAAAAUAAAUUCUUGCUGAAUAAUUCUAAAAUUUCCUUAUUUCUUCUGACGAAAACUCCAAAAAAUCUCUUAAAUAUUUAGGGAACAUCUAUUUGUCAAACUCAAUUUUAUAAUGGAUUUUAUUUUGUGGAGGUUAUAUUUACAGUCUAUAUCAGAUAACACGAAAAUGAAAUCUGAUCAAUCCAAUUUGUUUUCCUUGUUCAAUUUGUUUGACAUCCUUGAUUCUUAUGAUUCUAAGUUACACUUUCACUAACGCAAAUUUUCCUUGUUACACAAAAAAAAUCUCCUAAAAACAAAAAACUCUUCUAAAUUGGCCUGAGUAUCCUUAAAAAAUUUAGUUACAAAGUGAGUGGGAACCCUAAAUCGAUCCAUAUACUUUUAAAAGUGUAAUUAACGUGAGAGAAAUUCUGCGGCAUUCAAUUUUACCCAAUUUGCUUUAGUGAAUUUGUCCAAUAUUUGCAAAUUAAUAUUUCGACCGUAAAAUGUUGAUAUCGGAUUCGCAAAAACAUAUCACGGAAAUAUAUUUAUGGGGACCAAACAUAAAAUAUGUUUCCAUUUGUCUUACAUCUAUCGCUCCUAGGAUAAUUUCUUAGGUAAGGAAAAAGCAAUUUGGGCUGGCUCGCUUCGUUUUUUGCUAACUUCAUUGGUGGAAUGUUUCUUUUCUUUGUUUCUGUGUUUUUAACUGGUUCGUGAUACAAUUCUGUGAUAUUUAUAACAUAUAUAUACAUAUAUAAUCUGUUGAAAUUAUAACUUGAAAUUUUGAAAUAUAACAAGAAGAAAAAAACAAAGUUUAUUUAGACAUUUUUUACGUCAAUAAUUUUAAAUUAGUCUUACUACUACUCCUUAAAACUGUAAGCGGAAUUUACUCUUUGAAACUUGGAAAGUUGAAAAAAUGGGAAAAACUCUGGGAAAAUAAGCUAUUUUAUGUUUAGGUCUGUGUUUUAAGUUUUAUUCGUUUUCAUGUUAUGGAAACCGUAUUGAAACUUCUGUAUUUCUUGAACAGAAUUUCGUCUUGUCAGAAAACUGAAAUAAAUCUCAAAAAGUCUUUGAAUUUUCUUUUAGCCACCCUGAGCAGUAAAAAAAUGUAGAUUUGUUUCGAAUGUAUUAGGAGUUAAAAAUUGUAUAUUUGUGAAAAAUUGUAAUACAUCGCUUUUGUAUUUUUGUUUUAUCUCUUUUCUAAUGAUAAAACAACUUCUCCCAUUUUGAUCAACGAACCAACUUGGUUAACACGCGCCAAUGAGUUUUUGACUGCUACAAUUAUAGACAGUAUUAUAAAUUAAGGCUGGUUAACUGAGCGAUGACUGACAGCUGAUGACAAUAUCAGAAAGCCCAUAUUUGCGUUCGUCGCAAUUCGAAUAAAAAGACUUCUAAAUAGUUAUUUUUCUGUUGCAAAAUUUCUGAAUUUGAAGGAGAUGGCUUCAUAAUGCUGUAUGUUU